AUGCAGUAUGCCCGGGAGGACUCGGGAAAUUGGAAACUCAGCGGCGACGUCGACGACGGUGGCGAGGCAAGCUGGCAGGGGGUCGGUGCCAACUCUACGUACUCCUUCACCGGGGGCCUGCCGGUGAUUGGGCCACUGCAGCAAAUCGGGGCAAUCUCGAGCCUUGGCAUCAUACGACAGGGUUCGGGGUACCUGGCCCGAGCCCCGAGCCCCCGAGCCCACGAGCUCACGAGCUCACCCGCGGAUGAGGAGCCUCUGAAACACAUCAAUGGCACGGGUCAGAGCGGCUGGGCGCCACCAGACAACAAGUGCGCUUUCAUGAAUCUAGUACUACUAGCAUAG